GGGAUUUUAGCUAUCUCUCCGGUAACGAUUUCUACAGAAGUCAAAGCCUCGGACAUGGUUGAGACCUCAAUUUCGGAAGCUUCGGCCACAAUUCUCUCUCGAAAGAGAGAAGCUUCUUCAGUACCUUCCUCUGAUGCAGCGAAGAAACGCUCAAUUACGCUAUUGGAUCUGGAGAUUCUCGAUUGUCCCAUUUGCUAUGAAGCACUAGCGACUCCUAUCUUCCAGUGUGACAAUGGACAUAUAGCUUGCUCUGUUUGUUGUCCAAAACUGAGAAACAAAUGCUCUAUAUGUGCUUUACCUAUAGGCCAUAGUCGUUGCAGAGCGAUGGAGAGCGUUCUUGAAUCGAUCUUGAUUCUGUGUACCAAUGCUAACUUUGGAUGCACCAAGACUGUAUCUUAUGGAGAUAAGUCAAAUCAUGAAAAGGAAUGUGUUUUCUCUCAAUGCUCUUGUCCUGCAUUGGGUUGCGAUCACGCUAGCUCGUACGACGAUCUCUUCCUUCACUAUAUUAUGACCCACAUGGACAUGGAGAUUGAGCCUGUUAAGUUUAGUUGUGACAUUUCCUUUGCUGUACUGCUGAGAAUUAGUGAUAAGGUUAGAGUUUUUAGGGAGUUUGAGGAGGGUUUGUUGUUUGUUGUGCAGUGUUUUAAGGAGCCUUGUGGUGUGUUUGUGACUGUAAGAUGUAUCGCUCCCUCUGCUCCGAAAGUAGGAGAAUUCUCGUAUCAUCUGUCCUACGCUGUUGAUGGAUACAGUAUGGCUUUUAAAUCACCAGAGGUGAAGAGAGUUCUUGAAGUGAGUUUUGAAAUUCCUCGAGAGAAUUUCUUGUUGAUACCUAACAGUUUGUUGCGCGGGGAAACGUUGGAUAUGAAGGUUUGCAUCAAGAAGUUGAAUCAGAAAGUAAGGUUGGCCUUAGGGUGAUAUAGUAGAGUAUUGUUGUUGCUUUAAGGCUUUUAUUUAACAAGGUUCUUGUUGUUCCUUUGUAAGCUUAUAACAAGGUCUUGUAUCAUUUUGUUUACUAAUCUAUGUAGCUUCUUCAAUUGAUCGAUGUUGAUUCUCUGUGUA